GCGAUAUUUGAAAUGUAACCAGCAACUACUUGAGCAGCGCUGCAUCUGUAGUGGUGAGGGGCCUUACCUCCCUGAGAUUUGCACCUCCGGGGUCUUCUCUGAGCUAAGGAAUGGCUGUGCUUAAUCAGAAGUCUGUCUUGGACAUGAUUAAAGCAUUUAGAAGGAACUGGCAUGUUCUUUGUGAUUCUGAAAGAACUACUCUGUGUGGCGCAGACUCCAUGCUCUUGGCAUUGCAGCUUUCCAUGGCAGAGAACAAUAAACAGCACUAUGAAGAAUUUACAGUCUCUCUCAGUGAUGUUUUAAUGACAUGGAAAUUCUUACUACAUGAGAAAUUAAACUUACCCAUUGAAGAUAUGGAAGUGGUUGACCAUUAUGAGGACAUUAAGAAGACUUACGAUGAUUUUUUGACGAAUAGUAAUAUGGUAGAUCUGAUCGACAUUUAUAAAAAAUGUAGGAUUUUGACUUCUAAUUGUGAAAAUAAUGACAUGAUAUCCCCUAUUCAACUACUGGAUUUUCUCUGUGGCAAAGAGCAUGCAGGAGAUGAUGAAAAUGAUCUUUAUAUGCCAAUGUCACCAGUGAAACACAACCAGGAUCAUGAAAAGGUACAGCUACUAGCAAAGAAAGUUAUCUUUUCAUAUUUAAGCCUGCUAGUAAAUUCAAAGAAUGACCUGGCUCUGGCUCAUAUUCUCAAUAUUCCUGAUAGAGGACUUGGAAGAGAAGCCUUCACUGAUUUGAAACAUGCUGCUCAAGAGAAACAGAUGUCUAUCUAUUUGAUGGCUACAUCCUUUAUUAGAACAUUAGAGCUUGGAGGGAAAGGCUAUGCACCAUCACCAUCUGAUCCUUUAAGGAAACAUGUAAAGGGACUGUCUAAUUUUAUUCAUUUAAUUGACAAAUUAAAUGAGAUUCUUGGAGAAACACCAAGUCCAAGCAUUGCAGGGAGUCGUAUUCUGUCAGUGAUAAAGAUGCAGCUGACUAAAGGCCAGAACAGCAGGGAUCCUUUUUAUAAAGCAGUUGAGGAAGCUGCUCAGGCUUUGGACUUGAGGAUUAAAAACAUUAUCAAUUCUCAACAAGAGGCUGUAGCUGUCAGCACCCCUGACAUCAGUCCUGCCCGGCCAAAAUCUCAUGCCAUAAACCAUGACACUUCAUACUGUGGCAGAGAUACCGUGAAAACUUUACUAGUUCUUUUGGAUGAAGAAGCAGCCCGUGCUCCUACCAGAAACAAAGCAGAGCUUUUAUAUGGUGACGAAAGCACGAUUCAUUGUAAUGCAACUUCUAUUCUUACACUUUUUACCUCUCCCACACAAGUGAAUAACUCAUCAGUGAAACCCCUAAGAGAACGCAUCUAUAAGUCAAUGCAAGAGAAAAAAAAUAAGAUGACUCAGACAUUAAUUAGAUCGCAGUUUGCUUGUACUUAUAAAGAUGACUACAUGAUAAGCAACGAUAAAUGGAAUAACAUGAAUUCUGCAUCAGAACCUUUAUGUGUUCUUCAUAUGGAAAACGACCUUGCUGAGGGUAUAAAAUCAUCUGUUGGAAAAUCAACAAUUGCAACAAGUUCUGGAAAUGUUCAUCUGGACAGAAGUGAAAAUGACAAAGUAUCAAGAAAAUCAAGUGGCCAGACAGGAAAUAAAAGCUCAAAAAGGAAACAGGUGGAUUUGGACGGUGAAAAUAUUCUCUGUGAUAACAGAAAUGAACCACCUCAACAUAAAAAUGUUAAGAAACCUAAAACAUCAAACGAUUCACAGAAUAAAUUGGAUAGCGAAGUAGCCAAAGUAGCAAAAGGCAAAAAGUGUACUUCCAAGGCCAAAUUCAUCACUGGCCAGACAAAGUUAACUCAAUUUUUUAGACUAUGAUUGUGUCUUUUAUGUGUUUUAGAUUUAUGCAUAUGGAAAGCUGUACACCAAAGUCACAUGUUUAAUUUAUAAAAGCUCAAGGUGUCAAUUGUGAUGCUUUCAAAUUUUUCUUUGAAGUGAACGUAAGGUUCAUGUGGUAAGCAUUGUUUAAAAACACCACUGAGUCAUAAUUAUGCAGAAUUUUCACAAAGUUUAAUAUACAGAAAAAGCACAUCAUUUAGAUUAUUGGUAUGUCUUAACACUACUUUCUUUUAAAGCAGACAUUUAAAAUAAUAUACAAGUUAUAGGAACAUUAAGGGUUUUCUUCCCACUGGCAAUGAAAUGGUUUUGUUUUCUUCCCCAAAGAUGACGUGAACCAACAGGUAUCAGACUUGCCAACAAGGCCGGUAGACUCUCCCCAGCAUGCACCUGAGCACUGAAGGAAGAAUAAAAUAGUUUAAAUUACUCAAAGUACUACAAUCAUCACACAGAACUAAGAAAUAAUAAUAACAAUAACAAGAAUGGAUCUAUUAUAACUAAUUCUGAGUAAACCAAAAUUAUCAUACCUACAUGCUUCUUAUUCCCACAUUUUUGACAGUCACUUAAUGUCAACUGGAAUUGAACAUCAGUCUUAUUUGAUUUUGUUAUAUUGAGAUCCAAAUUCAGUUAAAUUCAGAGGUCUUUUUAUGGUAUUAAGAUGUAAGAACUGAAUUUUAAAAGACUACUCACUGUCAAAAUCUCUCCUUCCUAUUGGAAACUUAGCUGAGUUUUCUUCAUCCCCAAUUUCUCUCUUUUCUUGUGUUGAUUCAGUAUUCUGAACUCCAUUCUCAGCUGGAAAAGCUACAGAUCCCUUUAAUGCAAGAUAAGGCUUUAUAGCCAGAUUCAGUGGCAGACCAUGACUCACAAAAUUAUGUUUGGAGCCUGUGUUCUGUGAAGAGAAAAUUUGUGUUUUAGCUGUCUUUGGAAUGGAGCAAUGAUACUAUUGUUUAAUGCCCUUAUUGAUCAACUUAAAGAUGUUCUGCACUAGUUUUGACUCCUUAAAAACAGCUUAGAUACAAGUUUAGUCGGGGUGGAAAAAACUUUUGUAUAAAAGAUAUUCUCUGGGAUGAGAGAGCCACCUGUUUUACAUGAAUUGUCAUCAGUUAUCCUACUAAUGCAUAUUGUCACUAUUUUCAUAUAUUUCUAUUUAUUAAAUAACAAUGUCAAUUUUUCUUUUCAGAAGAUUUAAAAAAAUAAUUUACAUUUCUGUUACAAUAAAAGACAAGUCACAUAGCUACUCACCUUUGAAUUUUUGUUUUCCUCAUCAUUCAUGAAACUGUUCUCAUCAUUUUUAUACUGUUCCAGAGAAGGGGCAACAACUGAUCUUUCUGCAGUAUCUUCCUUCUGAAAGGCUUUCCCCAUCCGAAAUGUAUUAAACACCAUGUCAUCUUCUAAAUUUCUUAUGGACUUGGAAGCUGAAAGUAAAAUACCUUGAGAAAACAGAGAAAAGGUUAAUAUUAAUAUAUAGGAAGAGAGACUCAUUUUUGCCAUCCUUAGUUUGAUGUUUGCAUAAAGACAAACAAGGAUGUUUCCCAGUCAACCUGCUUGCUAAAUCCUACCUUUAUAUAUUUUCCAGGUUGAAUAGAAAGCACUUCAAAGACUUACACUUUCAUCAUUUUAGACAUGACUCAUCAGAUAGAGGCUUUUGUAUAGCUGCUAAUACCUACAUUGUUUUGGAUCUAGUGGCAUAUUGUUUAUUUUAAGUGUGACUUUUCUGAGAAUCUGAUUAAGAUCCUUGGUAAAAGGCUUUCUGUGAAGUAGAUUAUAGUCUCUUGAAAAUGGGUAGUUAUUAAGGAAGACCACAGGACAUCAGGCUCUUUCAAAUAUUAUUGUUUCCUUCAGUGUAUUUUCUGAUUAAGAUAUUAAAACUCAAGUUACUUCACUCAAGGAUAAGGAUAAAAGUUUUAUUUUCUUUUAAUUUGGAUUAAAUUGAAAUAAUCUUCAGAAGGGAUUUUCUUUGAUAAACACUUGAUGUUGUCUUUGGUGUUUAAAUGACAUAAACUUGUCAGUAUGAACAAAAAGGCAUUCAUGCUUCAUCAAAACUGGCCUGUCAGAUGUGUUUUGUCUCUAUGUUUACAAAAGGAUAACGCUGAUAUUUAUUAGUGGAUUUAGCAGUAAAUGAUUAAGAUGUCCUGGUAAAGAAUAUUUAUGUGCUCCAUAAAUGUUAAUUUUGGAUGUUAUAAGAUUUUUAAUCAUACAUUUCAGAAUUAAUGUCUACUUUUGAUUCCAGUGAGUAAGAGAAUAUAUUCUCAUAUGUUUUCUGGUAUAUACAUCUAAGAUUUUUUUAGGGUAUAUUCCAAAGUAUGGGAUUUUUGGACCCUGGAGUAUGCAUAUAUUCAGUUUUACUAAUGCCAAAAUAUUUUCCAGAAGAGUAGUAAUCGGUUUAUGGUCCCAGCAGCAGGAUCUGAGGAGUCCCAUUCUUCUAUGUCCUAGCCAAUGCUUAGGUAUCUUCCUUCCCUUUUAAUUUUUAUUUCUCUAACUACCAAAGAGGUUGAGUGCCUUUCCAUAUGUCUGUGAGCCAUUUAUCUUUCCAUUUAAUGUAAAAUACCUUUUCUCUCUGUCCAUUUUCUAUUGGAUUGUCUUUUUCUAAUUGAUUUAUGGGAAUUCUUUAUAUAAUAUUUUGGUUGUUAAUUAUUUGUUAGCCCUCUGUGGUACAAAUAUUUUCUCUUAGGUUUUUGUCUUGUCUUCUCAGCCUUCUUGUAGUAUUUUUGGGUGUUCCAAAUUGAUUAAUUUUUAAUGUUCAAUAUUUUUUCUUUA